UUAUCGAUUACUUGUGUAUUAAUUUAAAAUAUAUCGAUUUUCAAAAAUAUUUAGCGUAGCUAAGAUUUAUAACUGUUUUUUCAUGGAGUAAAAGUUUGUUGAAAUUUUCCAUUCAUUGAUUAUUUUCAUCAACUAUGGCUAAAAUAGAAAGACGAAAGGAAAUCAUAUCCAUUACACAUUUCAUUAAUCCUCAUCUAUUUUGGUAUCACAAAAUAGACGCUUGCAGCAAUGAUUAUCACUCCAUACAUAGAAUUGAAAAGGAACUUGCCGAACACUACAACAACCACAAAGGUUGUGCACAGGCAAUACGUCGUCCGCAAUUAAAUACUCUGGUAGCUGUAAAAUUUCUCACUUGGAAUAAAUUAAUACGUGCUCGGGUAGAUCAUAUAGCUAGUUAUGGAAAAAAUGUAGUGGAAGGUCAAUUCAUAAUGUGGGCUGUAGAUUAUGGAUUUCCAUUUCAAACAAAAGCAGAUCACAUUUUUCGGUUACCCAAUAAAUUGACAACACCUGUUGAUUACAUUCGUUGCGGUGGUUUGGCAAAUGUCGUCCCAGCUGAAGAGUUUUUCAUGAAGAAUACAAUGGUGAAGAAAGUAUCAAAGAAAUGGCAUCAACGUGCUUAUGAUAUCAUUGAGAAAGCCAUAAAUGAUUCAGAAAGUAUAGUAUUUAUCAAAGAAUUUGCUUUGGACAAUCAAGAUUGGGGGGAAUUAAUAAUCAAAACUAAUAUGGGCGUUAAAUAUCGUGUAAAGGAUCACUUAAUAUCCUUGCAUUUAGCAACUGCAACUGAAUCGAAUUUCAGAGAUGAAUGUCAAAAAUUAAAGACCACCAAAAUUGCACCAUGGAUGUGCAAUAACGGUAACAGCAAAUUUUAUACAAAUCGAGCUUAUAUUUUUCCCGGUGUUGUUGGCAUAACACAUAAUCCAAGCAAAUGUCCAGAAUUGACGUAUGACAUUAAAGCAAAAGAAAAAGUAGAUGAUUGGUAUGAGCGGAAUCAAAUUAAAUCUGGACAGGAGACUGAAUUCCUUGAUACAACUAAUGAGUUUAUGGCAGAGGAAGAUAAUAAUGAAAAAGAUUUUGAGAAUAUCGUAAAAGAUGAAGCACCGCAACAUAUCCAGCUUGCUGGUAUACUUUCAAAAUCUAGAGCAGAAAAAUCUGAUAAUGGUCACAUUUCAGCGCCGCCUGUGCCCGAUGGCGAAAAUUUUGAAAUUUCCACUGAAAGUAAAAAAUCUAACAGAACUAUAGAAACUAUCGAAAGUGAAAUUAGCUCAAUUAGGUAUUUGCAAUUAGAAAAUUCUACAGCGAAUACUCUUAAUUUUCCAAAUAUUAUAAAUCACGAUAUUGCGGAGAAGACAGAAUUGGGUAAAAGAGAAAUGGAAGCUAAGGACAUAUUUUCCAAGCAGAAUGAAGUAGAAGAUAACAACAAAUCAUGUCCCACAUUAGGUGAUGUUAGUGAAUAUGCUAGGCAUUUGAUCACUUUUCGAAAACAGUACAUUGAUAGAAAAAUGGAAGAAGAUGCAUUAAAAGAUGCUUAUGCAUGCAACUUUGCUAAGAAGGAUAUUGACAUAAAUCGGGAUGAUAACUUAAAAUUGGCAUCUUCAACUAAGUCGAGACUACAAUCUAAUCGAGAGGUUACAAGUGUGAACUCAACUUUCCAUGGGCUACGAAUGAUACCAGCCGGAUAUGACUUCAUGAAUUUGUGUGAUUAUAACGAUGAAGAGCAUUGGCACUGCAGGAAGAGUACACUCAAUGAUCGCACCCCGCACAUUGAUUUUUAAGAUUGUAUUCAGCUGCAUCAUUUCAUAAAUUUUUACCACGAGCAUCCCAGGGCCGGAUCCACUAAAGUACUGUACUGUUACCCUACAUAUUCAUAUGUAUAUACCUACCUGUAAUUAUAAUCAUAACUUAAUAUCGCAAUUCGUUUAAAAAUAAAAUACAGAUCCAAUGAA